UUUGGAGCUGGGAGCACUUCCUGCUUAGGAGCUGGUAAGCAAGAGGAGGUGGAGCUCUGCUCUCGAAUCCCGCCCCGGGGAAGCCGCAGCAGUAAGUCCGGCCCGUCCUCUCUCUCUCACCCACGUAGACCCUUCCCCCUUCUUCCCCUCCCUCCCCCACCACCUUCCCCUUAAGCGUCUUCCUCUUUGCACUGCUCCAAGUGGGAAAAGGAGCGGGAGGGGGAGGAGAAGACCGAGGCCGAGUUUAUGCUCCUCCCUCCAGUCUAAGGGUUGGCUCUGGGAAGCGCUAGGAGAGAGACAAGAGGCAGGUGCUGAGGACUUUGCAUUAUUAAAGCCUAAGGAGAGGGAGGAAAAGGAGAGGGAUGAGGGGGAGGAGCUGGUGCUUGAGCGAGGAACAGCUCGUGAACCCGAAGUCUCAACCCCCACCAGUCCCAGCUAGCAAGCAGUAGCAGCCCCAACAGCUGAAGCUGCAGCAGCAGGAGCAACCCCACCACCAGCUGAAGUUGCAGCAGCAGCUGGACCGCGGCUCUGCAGAGUCCAGACACGCGAGAGAAAGGGAAGGAGGGCGGGGAGCCGUGGCUCCUCCCACACCAGCCGCGGCCUUUUAGCCGAAGCGGGAGAGCCCCCUCCCCUGCAGCUCUCCGCCAAGACGGGGGCGGGGGAGAGGAGAGGAGAGGAGGAGGAGCAGUGGUGGUUGAGGUGGUGGUAGUGCUUGUGGCGGCGGGUGCUGGAGCUGCAAGGAAGAGAGGAGGCAACAGCGGCAGCUUUUCCAGGGCCAGCCGCACUCAGCCAUGUCGGCCGGAGGCGUCGGCACCCCCAAAUCCCUGCCCUCCUCCGGGCCCAAGUCCCUGCAGGACAUGCCGCACCCUCUGGCGGGCCCUAGCAGCGAGGAUGUAGUUAGCGGUGAGCUCACUCCCAGCCCGGACCUGCAGCUGCCCCGCAGCUUCGCUGACAAGGACCUCAGUUUGCCUAAUGGUGGAACUCCUGCAGGUACAUCUAGCCCAGCCUCUUCAUCUUCACUUCUCAAUAGACUGCAGCUGGAUGAUGAUCUUGAUGGUGAGACCAGAGACUUAUUUGUCACAGUUGAUGAUCCCAAGAAACAUGUCUGUACAAUGGAGACCUACAUCACAUACAGGGUCACUACAAAGACCAGUCGGAUAGAAUUCGACUUGCCAGAAUAUUCAGUUCGUCGAAGAUACCAGGAUUUUGAUUGGCUGAGGAACAAACUGGAAGAAUCCCAGCCUACCCAUCUUAUUCCCCCUCUUCCAGAGAAAUUUGUGGUAAAAGGAGUUGUGGAUCGGUUUUCUGAAGAGUUUGUCGAGACUAGAAGAAAAGCUUUGGAUAAAUUCUUAAAAAGAAUUGCCGAUCAUCCAGUACUUUCCUUCAAUGAACACUUUAACGUUUUCCUUACAGCCAAGGAUCUGAAUGCCUACAAAAAGCAAGGGAUGGCAUUACUCUCCAAGGUUGGGGAGUCUGUCAAGUAUGUCACUGGAGGCUAUAAGCUGAGAAGUCGACCACUAGAAUUUGCAGCAAUGGGUGAUUAUUUAGAUACGUUUGCCCUAAAACUUGGAACUAUUGAUCGAAUAGCUCAGAGGAUCAUCAAGGAAGAAGUAGAAUACCUUGUAGAACUCAGAGAAUAUGGACCCGUGUACUCCACAUGGGGUGGAUUAGAAAUGGAGCUGGAGGAGCCCCUGGAGGGAGUUUCAGCUUGUAUUGGCAACUGUUGCACUGCUCUGGAAGAUCUGACUGAUGAUAUGACAGAAGACUUUUUGCCGGUGCUCAGGGAGUACAUUUUGUACUCUGAGUCCAUGAAGAAUGUAUUAAAGAAGAGAGACCAAGUCCAAGGAGAAUAUGAAGCAAAAUUGGAAGCUGUUGCUUUGAAAAAGGAAGAACGCCCCAAGGUACCAGCAGAUGUUGAGAAGUGCCAAGAUCGAGUGGAAUGUUUUAACGCUGACCUCAAGGCAGAUAUGGAGAGAUGGCAGAACAACAAGAGGCAGGACUUUCGGCAGCUACUCAUGGGAAUGGCUGACAAAAAUAUCCAAUAUUAUGAGAAGUGCCUUACGGCGUGGGAGUCAAUUAUACCGCUGCUACAAGAGAAACAAGAGGCCAAAUAAGCUCUUUCCAACAAAGAGAUCCCAGUGUACAAUGUCCCUCACCAGAAAGUCUGCUUGCUACAUACUAAUUGGCAAAACACCAUGGCAGGUGGCAUUUGGAAACCAACCCACUGAAACAUUUCUGAUUUUUUUCUUUUUUUUCCUUCCUCAGUCCUUGAUCCCAUUCUUAUUUCAUAUUAAUAUUUCCUCCCAUUCCGUAUUCCUUAUCUACUUCCUGGUGGGACCCAGAGUGCCUGGUGGAUUCUAUAUGGAUUUUAUCAUCUCUUAUUAAAAGAAGCAUACUUCCAUGUUUUGAAGGGACUUACUCAGUGGAAUACUGAGAUUUCAGAGGAAGUGCUACCAACCUUAUAUUUAUGUAAUAAAAGAGAAUCUGGCUGCUGCUUUGUGAUCCAGGAAGAGAGGCCAGAAUUGGAGGAAGACCUUAGCUCCUGUACACUCCUUCCACAUGUGGAAUGGAAUUUUCUGUGGAUCUUGACUUGUCUUAGAUAAAAAGGCGGUGUUUUUGUUCUACCUAAAGUGCGUGAUGCAAGCAUGGCCUCUAGCUGUGAAUGUGGCAUGCUGUCUGCUCGUGAUGAGUAGUAUCAUGUAUGUUGUUCUUUUUUGGUGAUAUGAAGUCCAUUUAAAUCAGCUGAAUUACGUAUAUACACACGUAAAUCAGCUGAGAGGGUCAGCAAGGAGAUUAGAUUUAUACCAUAGCCUUAUAAAAUUGUUAAUUGAACCUUUUUUUUUGGCAUGUUUUUGGCAUUAGAAUCAGUGAUUUGAAAUUGAGUAUCAAAAGAAGAAGGUACCAUUGAUGCUCUCUGACAUUUUUUGUAUAUCCUUUCCCUUUUUUUUUCCUAAUUAAAUGGAGUACUGGUGGUGAAUAAUGGAUGCCCAGUGCCCCAAAGCCUGAAAUAUUCAAAGUGCUUUUAGGCUGAGGAACACAUCAUGUUCCUCCUAUGUCUGCUUUGUGAAACUUGCCUUUAUCACAGCUAAAGAACUAGUUUAAUAUUUUCUACUAUGUAAAUCAAAUGUCAAUGCAGCUUUUGAAAGGUUUCUUGUCUGAGACAGAUCUUGUUUUCUUAGUCAAUCUAAAUUUGUAAAAAACAAAAACAAAAAAAACAAAACCGUGCAGGUGCUCUCUAAGAAGCAUUUGACCUCCAACCUUCCUUCUUGGUAAGGAAAGGCGCUAUUUUUGAGGUCAUGUGCUCAAAAUGGAACCUCUUUUUUUUUUUUUUUUAAGCUAGUUAAGUUAGCCUUUAGAUAACUUCAAUAGCAACCAGUCCUAAGUAUUCGUUCCAAGAUUAGCUUUAAAAAACAACAAAACAAAAAUGAGAAGUUCCCUUUCUUAAAAAAAAAAUUUCCUUUUUCCAGACUUGUAUAUCUUUGCAAACCAUAUUCUUUUCUUCCCUUAUUCCUCUAAUGAAUAUGUAUAUUUUUUCUCAUCUGUGGCUUUGUCCUUAUGAAAUUCAAGGUAGGCUUCAAGUUAGAAUUUUCAGGAGCUAGUUGCUCUAAAAUAUCACUUUGUAAACAGAAAUUAACAUUUAAAGUACCGGUCAACAUUUACCAGAUAACAUUUAAAGCAGUUAAUUUAGGUUCAAAACCACUCCAGAAUGGUUGUCUGCUGUGUUUGUGUAUCAGAUAAGCUUAAAAUUGAUGUUGUUGGUUCAUCAGUUAAACUACUUAUUAUGUUUGGUCCUAUUUUGAUGUGACUAGUCCUUAUUUUCCUUAAGAAAUCAUGGGAGAAUUUUUUUUUUCCAGCUGCAUCUUUGUCUCUCUUUGGUACUGCCUACCCUGAUAGAUCCCCAUUAACAUAGUACUUAAAUCCUUUGAUGUGAAUUUUUAUUUUGGUACAUAGAGUUCUAAACAAUAUUUCUAAGUGAAUAGCACCAUGAAUGGCAAUUCAACAUAUCAUUCAUUCUACCUCUAAAAACCCAUCUUUUUGAAGCCGGGAUUUUGUUGUGUAUCUGGGUCCUAGUUUGUUAGAAUUAAUGUAUAUUUCAUAUUGAUACUUGAUUCACCUUCUUUGAUAGAAGUGAGAAUAUGUUAGAUUGACUCAGUAAAAGAAAAAAAAUCAAUUUAGGAAAAAGCUUUUCUCAGUGGAAGAAGUGCUCUUUAAAAAUUUAGUUCUGUUACUUCCUGGGAGGAAGGAACAUUGGAAAAAGAGCUGCAAUAAGAACCAGUAUCUAACCUCCUGCUAUCUUGCCAAAGCAUGACAGUGCCCCUGUAUGAUGUAAUGAUGAUGCGGGGGAGGGAGUGAUCAGUGUAAGGAGGCUUCCUCAAAGUUAGUUGGCCCUGGACAGGACGGAGGGAAAAACUAUCUUUCCCAAGGUCCUUUUUUUCCCUCUCAUUUAAUUUAAUGUGAUAACUCUUCUCUGAAGGGAUGUUGAUAGUCUUUGGACUUCAGAUUUUUUUUCAGUUUGUUUUGGUCACUUUACAAUGCAGAAAAAAUAUAACAUUUAUACAUCAGAGUUUAUCAGUUUCAGAAUGCCUAGAGAGAGGCAAGCUUUGCCCUAAAGCCAAUGGGUGUGCACCAAUGGGACCAUCACCAGGUAUUGUGGAAAAGAUUUAUUCAGAGAAGAGUCUGUGUCUCUUUGAUUUGGAAAGCUGUUUUUAGUGGUAAAAAAUGAGGAAGAAAGGUCUAGAGGAUAGAUAACCAGUUCCUCUUGUGCCAACUGCCUCCUCUUUCAUCUGACAUCUUAAGGAUCAGCAAUACCUAACACUGUCCUUUACCUCUUCUAACUCCCACCUUCAACCAUAGCUGUGCAUCAAGAUGUUGAAUUUUUGGUCAAUACAGGAAAUGUUUUCAUUUGAGAUGUGUGAAUUAGUACUUAUGUGCCAAAGAGGCUAAUGUUCAAAAUGCCUUCAAACAAGGGUUAUCACUACUCUUCCCCCAAAGUCACAAGCCUAAUAUGGCAAUAUCUCUUUUGUUGUUCUUUACCUUCAAGAUACACACACACACACACACACACACACACACUCCACACACUCUGUCUCCCUCUCUCUCCCCAAGAGUUUGGAGAAGAAUAUCCUUCUCUAACUAGAAUAGCCAUGCAAUGGAACAGAAAAGCUUAAGGACAAUGGGUCUUUUGACUUGAGCUCCUACUUUUUCCGUAUCUACGUAAAAAAAAAAUUGAAAAAAAAAUUUUAGGUAAAAUUUACUACUUUAAGGAAAUAUCUUGUAAACAAUUUUUUUCCACUGGCUAUCUUAAUGUUGUCUUGGUAUAAUGUAACCACACUAAUCUGUAUUUUUACUUUCCUACCAUUGUAUUAGAAAUGAGGAAGUCAUUCUUUUUCUGGAGAAAGAUGUGGAGAUGGGGGGGGGGGGGGAGAAUACCAUGAAUGUCCCCAUUUGCCAUUGGUUUCUCAAAAAAAAAAAAAAAAAAACAGCAUUAUUAUUGUUAAUUGGAUUACUCACAAGGCUCUUCAAGAUGCUACUCUGGCCAAAGUCAACCCUCAGAUUUUUUUUUUUUUUUGAGUCAACAAUAGAAAAACCAGCAUAUCUUUAAGGGGACCAUUUUUAUUACAUGUAAAAGAGGUUUCUUUUAGUGUGAAGUCAUUGUACAUCCCAGGUUUUCUAGAUAUUUUUAAAGUGGAGGCCAUGUUCUGACCUGUCAUCAGCCUCUUUUCUAUUUCCCUUUCAGAAAGGAAAGAACAGCAAAUAAACCUUGGAUAUUGAGCCUGAAUGAGGCUGUCUUUUAUCAUGGAGUGGCAGGAACUGGAGGAGGCGUGGCAAGGUUCUGUGUACCUGGUCAUAGGUGAAAUUUCUAGCUCAGGCAGUCAAAUGGAAUAAUUACUCAACCUGAAUAACACCCCAGACUUGAAUUGCCUGGUAUUUCUACUUAGAACUUGAGCUCAGAAACCACAGAUAAAUGAUAAUCAUUCUCAUCGGAAGUUUAUGGGCUCUCUUGCUGGAGCUGGUGAAUGGCAUGGGUGUGUUCUCAGUGGUAGAAAACUCAAAGGUAGGGAGGGCCAUUGUUGAGCAAUGUGUAAUUCCUUUCUAUAGCUGUGGAAGGCUCUUUGUAUUCACUUGCCAGAGGAGCAAAGGAUGGAAUUUGUCCCAAAUCUAACUAGAAUGAAUGAGAAACUACAGAGCUACCUGAUGAGGUCCCUUCACUUGAAUGCUGACUUUCCCUUUUCUGCUUAUAAAUUGGCUGGCAUGCCAGCCCAGGGAUCCAUCUUCUCAUGCCACCUAUAUUGACUGUCCCCAGCAACCAGGCUCUGAAGCUAUUUUGCCAUGUCCGUGUUUCUUAUGAGGGAAAACUGCUCCACAUUUUUGGAUUUGCUUUCUCACAAUGUAUCAGUUUAUACCAUUCAUCUCUUCUCACAUGUUUCUCCUGAUUCUCAGAAUUGGCAGGAGAUUUUACCAAUGAACUUUUUAGGAACAAAAGUCUCUUUUGUUUAAAUAUAUGGCUAGACAGUGACAUAUUAUAUAGCAGCUUUUCUUCUGUUACCACAACUGGUCACCUUGUGAAGGGAAUAGAGUAUCACCUGACAUUCCACCAAACCUCUCAAGAAAACAGGCUGCCUUUUGAUUUAAAAAAAAAAAAAAUUCCUGGUGAGAUUGCAAAAUCUACAGUCUCAGGAUAUUUGUUGUGUCACACAUAGGGAGGCAGCAUGUACAUUUCAACAACUUUUUAAUCCUGUAUGUUAGAAAUACAUUUUUGGCACAAACUCAAACCCCAUUCAGUUGGGCUGAUAAAACUAAUCCAGAUCAUGACCACUGCUAGGAAAAAGUCAAUAAAUCAGUGUUUUGGUCAACACUAAGUAAAAUGUCAGAUUAUUUGUACAGUAUAGAUGCAGAUUCCAAAUGUAUCUUAUGAUGAUGAUCUAACAUCAUGAAAUCAGCUACUUCAAGUUGAAGUUGUUGAUUUUUAAUGGUGCAAAUUACUAAAUACUAACUGUAUUUUUUUGAAGCUGUUAUCCAGACACUUUGAUGCUUCUAGCAGUGUUUUUUAAAUGGUGAUUAUAAAGUUCCAGUUGUCUUCUGUUUGUACAAAUGAUACAAUAUGGACAGUUGCACCCUUUAUAAGAAACAAAUUAACCUGGAUCAACAGAAAACAAAGGGGCAUAAUGGGAACUAUCUUUUUUAAAAAGAUAUUUUUUAAAAUGUUAAAUGUUGCUUUUGCCAAAUAUGUUUUUAUUAUUACCAUGGAGGAGGGAAGUGAAGCCAGGGACCAUAAAAGCAUUAAUACAAAUUUAAUGUAUUUUAGAUAUUUUUUAAAUUAUAAGAAAUAUGGGAUCAAUUAAUGGCAAAUUAUACUGCAUGCUAGUCUUUUCAAGUCUAUUUGAUAGGAAGAAAUUCCCAAGUUAUAACAGUAUUAAGGAUAUGCCCUAAUGCCAUAAAGGGACUUUUUAAAAUAUCAUGGACACCUAACAAAAUUUUAGAUUUAAAUCCAAUAAUUUCAAUGCCAAAAACAUGAAAUGCUUUAUUGGCUUGAGUAUUGAAUGCUUAUUUCCCUUCUCAUUGUUAGCAAAAAAUUGUCUUUUAAAACUGUGGGUGAAGGUUACUGCAUAUACAUUUGUGCAUAGCUGCCAUUUGACUUUCACUGGCUGAAUCUGUGAACCAAUGCUGCUACCACCUGGUAUAUAAUUUCCCUUUUGGUAGAGCCAAUGAAGUAAGAGUAGGUCGGAACACUUGACCUUGACAUCCUCUUAAGCGAUUUUCUUUUUUUGCUUUCACUAAACAGGGUCAGUAACAUCUUCUGUUGCUUUGACCAAGCUUUCUGAGUAACUUCUACCAACAUCCAAAACAGCUGUAAGGGGAUAAGUGCAGGGGACAAAAAAAAAAAAAAAAACAAAACACCAUUCCAUUAUUUCCUGUCUACUUCAAAAUGGUGGGUAAAAAGAAGAAUGUUGGGGGUAGGGAGAGGAAUGACAGUCAAUAUGAUAAACUGUGGCCCACAUGGCUAUGAUACCAGCUAGACAUUCCUUAUUUAACAAACCAGCAUCUCUGAACAGUGUUGUUUUGGGGCAAUGUGGAAGCAGCCUAAUAUCCAAGUGAUUUUGGUCAUUUCAAAGAGACACUGUCCAUUGUACUUCCUAUGUGCCUGUCGGUUUAGUAAAUGCAUUGGGAAGAUAUAUACUAUAAUAUAUUUCCUUGAAAUAAGUUUCUGCCAGCAAACUUUUGGAUCUAGAGUUUAACUGUUUCAGUAGAGAGAUAAAAAUUUUAUUUAGCUUGUAUCAAUUGACCAGCUAUUCAGACUGUGUACUAUAUUGCUUAUUUCUGACUUUUAGGGGGAAAAAAGUUUUAAAAACUCACUCAGAUCAAAAGAAUAGGGAAAUUCCUCACUGAAAAGUUGUGGGAUUUUUGUUUGUUUGCUUGUUUUUCCUCUCUAUCCCUGCUACCAAUAAACCAAAACAAAAGCUGUGAAAACUUGUGAGUUUGGGAGAGCAUGUGUAUAGAUUAUCUGUGAGCAUGAUUCAAACAAUGGAGUGGUUUGUUUGCUCUAGAUAUCACACUUUAAACAGGGUGCCCCCCUUUAUUACCAAUACCAUGGGUAUAAAGUUGUUUUGUUUACUUUCCAAUGCUGGCACUAAUGUGUUAGUUCACCUUUUUUUUUUUUUUUUUCCCAUACAUCUGUGUAUAGACCUUCCUGUUUAUUGUUUACUAUGAGAUUAGUAUUAUACUUUGAGGUAAAAAAAAAUCAUUUGUAUUGCCUGAUGAACUAUUAGCUUGUAAAUUUUUUUUAAGUUUCUUUACCUCAGUUAAUUUAAAGGAAUGGACCAAUAAACACAUAAAAAUGCUCUUA